GAGUUUUUUUCUUCUUCUUGUUUAUAUUGAAAUCAAGCAUUUGUAUUGACUUGUUUUGGAGUAUCUUAAACGUCCUUGUGACUCUGUUUUUCUACAUAUUCUCCCAACACCAAAUUUCAUUCCAUCUUUCUCUGCUCUUUCUUCACUUCAAUCCUCCUUUCUCUUCAAUUUUUCUAUUCACACCCCCUUCCUACACUCAAAAUGAAGAAAGUGGUGGUGAAGUUGGAUUUGCAUGAUGAUAAAGCAAAACAGAAAGCCAUGAAAUCAGUUUCUAGCCUUUCAGGCAUUGAUUCAAUCGCCAUGGAUAUGAAAGAGAAGAAGUUAACAGUAGUUGGUGACAUAGACCCUGUGGAUGUUGUGAGCAAAUUGAGAAAAUGGCACACUGAAAUUCUAACAGUCGGGCCGGCGAAAGAGCCGGAGAAGAAAAAAGAUGAUGGAAAAAAAGAUGAUAAUAAGAAGAAAGAAGAUGAUAAGAAGAAAGAUCCAAAUGAACAAAUUGCUGAGCUUGUUAGGCAAUAUAGAGCAUAUAAUCCUUACAUGACUACAUGUUAUCAUGUUCAGAGUAUUGAAGAGAAUCCAAAUGCUUGUGUUAUUUGUUGAGUAUUAUAAUGGUUUGAAAGGGACAUGGAAUUGAGUUGGAAAAAGUCAGGAAUGUUUGCUUGUAAAUUAUGAAUUUGUUUGAUAUAUUAUUAUUAUUAUUAUAACUAGUAGGAAACCCGUGCUAUCGCACGGGUCUGGCGGGACUUCACAUUACAUGUACCUAAUUAUGACUUGAAAAGUUCUUUUAUAUAUAUCAAACAUAUAUAUUUAACCAAAAUGCAACCCAAAC